UCGGAAGAGGACGACGCCAUGUCUUUCGAAGACUUUAUCGACCUUGCGUCAGUUUUCAGUGAAGAAGCAGACGAAAAGUUGAAAGCUGCCUACGUUUUCCAAAUGUUUGAUUUCGAUGAAAACGAGGCAAUUGGAUUUGCAGACCUGGAAGAACUCGUACGUCGUCUGACAAGUUCCAGUAAGAAUUCGGGACUCAUAAAUCCCGCAUUUCGGUCGGAAUCAGAUUUAGCCCGAUCUUCUUCUCAAGGAAAACGAAUAGAAAAGGCAGUGCACGAAGAUGCUUUGCCGAAAGAAACUUUGCAGAAAAUUGUGGAGCAGGUUCUUUCACAGUCUGUCCUGGGAAAGGCCAAAGAAAUCAGUUACCAGGAAUUCGUUCACUUGACUUCCAAGCUUCCGGACUUUGCUUCCGCCUUCACCAUCCAUUUUUGAAAAGAAAAUCAUUUCCAUCGUCACACAACUUUUCUCUUUUUUAUUUAUUCGAAAAAUAAACAUCUUGGCGCAUCGUUUUCGCGGAUAUUCCAAAAGCGCACAAUCGAAACAUUCAAAUUCCUCCUCGGCAUGUGUACAAUAUUUUUCAACUCGUGAUUGCUGCUGGCAACAUAAACCGCGCUGUGGAAUCAAUGUUUCUUUCAUGCAGUACGUCGUUUCCGGGAUGAAUUGCUCAAAAUUGUGUACAGUACACGUAUAUAGUGUCAAAGCAAUAAGAAUAAGAGGAAGGAAUAAAGUGUCUCUCUUCAGCAGAAUAUACA